GUCGCUCAGACGGCGGUGGGCAGGGUGAAGCAUGUGAGCUGCGGCUUCGCAGCUCAAAGCAGCCGACCGCUGGUGUCGGGCUCCAGCAUGGGGCUCUCCCUGUUUCUGGGGCUGCUCCUCUUCCGAGCCGGAGCCCUUCUGGCCCCGCCGAGAAGCGACUGCAUAGCAGCAGAACAGCUGUGCCUCUCGAAUUCCACCUGCAAUGCCACCUACAGGACCCUGGAGCAGUGUGCCCUGGCUAAGACCCGCGUCCUCCCUCUGGAUCACGACAGCAGGGUCAGGUGUCUGAAUGCAGAGCUGGACCUCGGGAACAGCUCUUUGCUGCACUGCAAGUGCCAGCGGCGCAUGAAGAGGCAGGAGCACUGCUUACGUGUGUUCUGGACCGUUCACGCCAGCAUGGCAGAUGGUUAUUUCAAUUUGGAGACCUCUCCCUAUGAGAAUUCAGCAAAUGAGGAACAUUGGAAGACAGAUUAUAAUAAAGUGGCAGCCGUGUUAUCAGGCUCACGGUUAGCAGGAGAUGCAACAAAUCCAUGCCUGAAAGCAACUCACGUCUGUAAUCUGAGCAAGAAGUGCGUCCGUCAUCGCACCGACUACGCCUCCAUCUGCACCAGGGGAGCGGGAAGCGAGGACAUGUGUGACCGUCGCAAAUGCCACAAAGGGCUCAGGAAUUUCUUUGAGAAAGUCCCUGAGGAUUUCACCAAAAGGAUCUUAUUCUGCCCGUGUCAGGAUGAACUUUGUGGAGAACGACGCCGGAAAACUAUUGUUCCUGAGUGUUCCUUCCACUAUAACACCAAACCAAACUGCCUCUGGCUUCUGGACUCCUGCUUAGAAGACCAUAUCUGCAAAUCCCGACUGGCUGACUUCCAGCAAAACUGUCAACCUACAGACAUGUCUCCAGAUGGUUGCUCUCAGCACAACCACGCUGCAUGCCUGCAGGCUUACAUGGGGAUGAUUGGCACACCCAUGACACCCAACUAUAUCAGCAACUCCAGUGUGGACAUCUCCCUGUGGUGCACCUGUGAGAGCAGCGGCAACCAGAAGGAGAAGUGUGACCAGAUACUCGGCAUGUUUGAGAGCAACAAAUGCCUUGAAAAUACCAUUUUGUCUCAAAUGCACCUGAAGAAGGAAGCUCCAGAAAGACUGGAAGACUUACUUUAUUCAUCUUCCAUAAGCUUCCAGGGAGACAGUGCAAGCACAUCUCUUGCUUCAGAAAUGUCCCAGGUGGAUGAAGGGAAGACACAGCAAGACAUCUCCGAGCACAGCAGCAUGCCUAUGGCCUCCUCUGUAUAUUCUGGAGCUGCUGCUUCUUGGCCAUCUCUGGUUCUCUUCCUGCCCCUGUUGCUGAGCUCGCAUUAACUUGGCAUAAAUGGCAUCUUUCCUUCACACAUUACUGAUCUGAUUCCAUAUCCAGGCUCCUCCCACUACUGAUUUACCUUUGGGAAGCAUAAGGCUUCCAGAAAAGAGGAAUGGAACAGCCUUAACCCAGAAGAGCAGUCACUGAAAACCUCCCCACAACUUGCACCCCACUUGGCCCCAACUAGUUGUGCUCUGCAGAUAAGGAGCCCACAGAUGCUUCUUCCAUGUUAGCAUGUUGGGUAACAGCCAGGCUGAUAUUUCAAACAAAGGUCUGAGCUCUUCCUCAAGCAUACAAUCAUAGAAUGGUUUGGGCUGGAAUGGACCUUAAAGAAAAUCUCAUUCCAACCCUGCUGCUCUGGGCUGGGACAUCUUUCACUAGACCAGGGUGUUCAAGGCCCCAUUCAACCUGGUCAUGAAGACUUCCAGGGAGGGAGCAUCCACAGCUUCCCUGGGCAAUCUGUUCAGUGUCUCACCACCCUCACUGUAAAAAAAUUUCUUCCUUACAUCCAAUCUAAACCUACCCUCUUUCAGUUUAAAACCACUGCCUUUUGUCCUGUCUACAGAACCUGGUAAAAAAUCUCUCUUUCUUAUCCCUCUUUAUAUAUUGGAAGGCCUCAAUGAGGUCUCCACAGGGCCUGCUCUUCUUCAUGUUGAACAACCCCAACUCUCAGCCUUUCUUCAUAGCAGAUAUGUUCCAGCCCUCUGAACCUUUUUGUGGCCCUCCUCUGGACCCACUCUAACAGAUCCAUGUCCAUCUUGUUCUGAGCAUGCCAAAGCUGGAUGCAGGAUUCCAGGUGGGGUCAGGUAAGGUAGAGGGGGAGAAUCACCUCUCUCAACCUGCUGGCCACACUUCUUUUUUAUGCAGCUAAGGAUAUGGUAUGGCUUCCUGGGCUGUGAGUGCACAUUGCUGGCUCACAUGUCAUUUUUCAUUCACCAGUACCCCCAAGCCCUUUUCCACAGGACUUCUCUCAAUCCAGGCACUGCUCAGUCUAUAUUGAUAUUGGGGAUUGUCCCAGCCUUGGUGCAAGAUGGCCUUGUCACCUUCAUGAGGUUCAUGUGGGUCCACUCCUCAAGCCUGUCAAGGCAUCCUAAAACAAGUCUGUGCUGCAGGAGAGGUUGCAAGCAAAGCUCAAUAACCAUACACACGGAGUCCCUGGGAAACACCAGUUCUGAAGUACUUUCAGUGUCCUUUUCAAAUACAUUCUUUUAUGAAAAAUACUAUCCCAGAUCAAUGCUACUAUAAACAGUUUGUAGUAUUCCUUUCUGUUGUCCCUUGCAACACACAGCUAGCAUUAGCAUUAUCACAGCUAGCAAUAGACUUGGGUUUUGUGGGUUAAGAUGAAAUUCUGUGUUCAACCCCAGUACAUUUAGUCUCGCCUAGCGAAGCACAAAACUUUGUGAUGCUUAGAGAAUGCAUAUAGCUCAUUGAAGCUGUAUUGACCACAAAGGCACUUGCAAAAAUCUCUGGGAGCUGCAACUAAUUGU